CCAGUAGAGUAGCCAUCAUCAUAACAAUAACGUAAAAUGCUUCAGUCAUUACAGACUUUCACCAAGUGCUGAGUGUACAAAUGUGAAACACAAAAGAAAUCUAAAAAUUUAUUCCAUUUCUUUGGUUUUUUUUUUCUGUGUAAUUUCUCAACAUCCAAUCGAAUCAAAUUGAGUAUCGUAUUGAAAUUUGUGUAUAAAUUUCAAACAGAUGCAUUUUUUUUCGAUUGGGAAUAUUGUGUAUAUGACGUAAAAUGAAAAAAAUAAUCAAAAAGCAAUAAAAAGAAGCAAAAAGUAUGCGGAAAUAAUAUCUGAAAUGUCAUUAAGGAGGCCAUCGACAAUGAACAAUCCAAUUGGAAUUUGAACAAAUGUUGUCUACUAAUUCAACGGCGACACAACAGGAAGAGAAAAAAAGUUGACAUUCAGCAACCGAAUUUUUUUUUUUCCAAGUGUUUCUAUUUCGAUGCAUAAUUUACGAAAAAUAGUGAAAAAAAAAUAAAAACAAACAACCGAAAAAAUUGGUGUGAACAAAAAUUAAAAUGAGCAACACAUUUAUAACAACGGUGCAGAUUUUCUUAUGGAAACACUGGAAAUGUUUUCAGUGUUCAUGGAUUAAAAAUGUGUUUAUGAUUAUUGUGCCGAUUGCUAUAGCUUGGUUUCAAAUUCACGUGAGCAGUGCCACCACAAAAGGUGUACAAACCAACUUCCAAACGAUCACCGAGGACGACAUUUAUAGAUAUUUUCCGGCGAAUAAUGAGGACCUCAUACUGUACGCACCGAACACGUCAUGGACAUUUCGAUUGAUGGAAAAUGCACGAUAUCGAUUGAAUAUCGUGGAAGAGAGAAUCCAUGCAUUUGACAAUGAAGAAGAACUACAACAAUUCUUUCAACGGCACAAGAACAACCGCAAUUUUGCUGUCAUUUUUACACAAGAUGGAAGCAACGGACUACUUAACUAUACCAUUCGAAUGAGAAAUAACAACUUUCGAACCGAACAAAUUUUUCUGAAUAACAUUUAUGAAAUUGCUACGAGAGAUAUUGACGAGUACAUCGACAGUGGUUUUUUGGCGCUGCAGCGGAGCAUUGACAAGGCAUACAUUGAACUAUCUGGCGAACAGAACCCUAAUGAGUUCAAGUUGGAGUUCAAAAAGUUCCCACUAAACGCUCGCGAACGCAAACAAUUUAUUGGAAUCAAGCAAACGGGUAUCUUCGUAGUGAUCAUCUACAGUUUUACUGCAUUGCUGAAUAUGAUUCUCGUUCCAAUGGUCGAAGAGAAGGGCUGUGGUGUGAAAGAAUUCCUUCGAAUCGCUUCAACACAGAGCUACCUGAACAACAUGACAUUUUUCUUCACAAAUCUACUGAUCGGUUGCAUUAUCUUCGGUGCAACGUUGAUAGUGGCGGCUUGUUAUCAACUACUCGGUCACGUUGUCGGUAUUUGGCUGGUUAUCUUGCUCUUUUUGUACUUAACAUCCGCUAUUGCGUUUACAUUUUUGCUAAGCGUUGCUUUUGAUUCGGUUUAUUAUGCAAAAAUCGGCGGAUUCCUAUGCUAUAUCGCACCAUUUUUAAUAGUUUUGUUCAACGAUAAAAUGCUGGAUCUGAUUCUACCGGUAUUCAACUCGGCAGUUUUGCUCAAGGGAUUGAAUUUAAUCGAUAUUUACGGAAUGAAGGGUUUGGUCUUCUCCUUCGAAUACCUGUUAAAUCGAUCGUAUGGAUUCUCAAUGCUUGAGCUGUAUGGAUUCCUUUUGGCGCAUUCUUUUAGCUACACUAUGCUUUACUUCUACUUGUCGCAUGUGUUCCCUGGCCGAUGUGGAACACCCAAGCCGUUUUACUUUCCAUUGAUGCCGUCGUACUACUGCAGUAGUUCAAAAGUGAAUGCAUCAGCGAGCGACAACACAGACACGGUCAUUAAUAUAGACAGUCAGGCUGAGGUAGCUGUGAAAAUUCGUGGCUUAACCAAAGUGUUCAAGAAAUUCCGCGCUCGGAAAAAUGUCGCCGUGAAUAAUUUGUCAUUGGAUAUUUUGAAAAACCAAAUUACCGUCUUGCUUGGCCAUAACGGAGCUGGUAAGACAACAACAAUGUCUAUGAUAAGUGGUAUCAUUCCAAAAUCCGGCGGCACGAUUAGCAUCGAUGGAGAGGAAAAUGUCGACAUUUAUCGUCACAAAAUCGGAUAUUGUCCACAGCAUAACGUCUAUAUGAGCUACUUCACUUGUUUGGACCAUUUGUGGUUCUUUGGACGGCUCCGUGGAUUAACACCAAAGCAAGUGCAGUACGAUGCAAAUCAUUUGUUGAAAAAACUCAAUCUAAUGGCCAAGGCAAACGAAUACGGUCACAAUCUUUCUGGUGGCAUGAAACGACGACUUUGUCUAGGCAUCGCAUUGAUUGGCAAUACGAAAAUUGCAAUUUUGGAUGAGCCAUCAUCUGGAUUAGACCCUGAAUCGCGUCGAGAAUUGUGGAACAUUUUGUUGGAUAUGCGAAAAGAUCACACGAUUUUCAUAACAACUCACUACAUGGAAGAAGCUGAAGCGUUGGCUGAUAAGAUAGCUAUCAUAUCACAUGGUCAACUACUUUGCUACGGUCCAUCGAUUCAACUGAAACGAAGAUUCGAAACGGGUUACAUUCUCAAGUUGCUCACAAAUGAACAAACGUUCAAACAAGUGGACACAGUGAAUUUGAUCCAGCAAUUCGUUCCGGAUUUCGGUUUAAAAUCGUUCGUUAAACCAACGUUAAUUAUCUCGUUACCGUACAAAUUCCAACAAACAUUCCCCGAGCUACUUGGUCAAUUGGAAAAGAGACAAGAUGAGCUUGGCAUUUCGUCGAUUAGUAUCACCAAUUCGUCGCUGGAAGAUGUGUUCUUGAAGAGUGACUUCAAUUUUACAAAUCGGGCAAAGGAAGUCCAAGAUGAAAUUGAUGCUCCAUACAAUCGCUUGCGCGAAGAACCCUUGCGGAUCAGUGGAUUUGAACAAUUCCUAGCAAUCUGGUACAAAAAGGGCAUUUUCAUGCGAGCACAAUGGCUUUAUUGGCUCAUGUUGGCUUCCUUCCCAAUCGCAGCCAUAGUAAUCAGCUUCUUAUCGAUCAACUAUAAGCUAUUCAACAAGGGCGACACAGUAUCCGAACUCAUUGAUUUGCACAUUGACCGCAUCACACCGAGCGACGCUGAAAUUCUCAUUUGGCUCGAUGAAUCGCUACAAGAUCGCAACUAUUUCCAACAAUCACUGCACAAGGUGAUCGAAAGUGAAAACCUCAGAACGAAAUACCUAUCUUAUCCGAGGAAUUUAAUUGAAAAUGAAUUGUUGUAUCUGGAGCUUGAGAACACAACGCAUUACCAUGAGUAUUUCCCAGCCGCUUUGGUCAUUUACCGCGAUGAGGAAACGAAGGGCAUCAGUAUGAACGUUCUAUUCUCGGGCAAUUCUCUGCAUAGUUUAGCGGCGACGGUUAAUUUGAUCAGCAAUUUUGAACUCCAACUUUUGACCAACGGGAAUAAUCGCAUCAAAACAACAAAUGCACCAAUGCAUCGAAACCAAACAAAAAUCAGUAAAUCUGACUUGGAUGUGUACGCGAUGUUCAUGCCAAUGGCAAUGUUCUUCUACAUUUUGUUCUACGUUUCGAUGCCAUUCAACGAAGAACGGACUGAAUUCAAGAAGAUGCAACCUAUUUCACCGUUUAUUUACUGGACAUCGGUAUUCUUGUUUGAUGCCAUGAUUCACUCUCUGUAUUCGUACUUUAUGUACACCAUUCACAUUUGGAGUGACGCUCAUCACAUAUUCGAAACAAAGGAAUAUGUUAUGUUCCUGUCAAUUUACAUGCUGUAUGGCCUGACCUACCUUCCGAUCAUCUAUAUGGUCAGCCAGAUGUUCCGUACCAUGUCGUCUUUGUAUUCGUUCUUAACUUACAUGUUUGUUAUUUUCUAUAUAAUUGCUUCGUUCAUUUCAUCGUCGGAGGACAAUAUUAAAACCUACAAUAUGCUGAUCAACGUUCUGUUGAUCAUUCCAGACUACGCUUUAUCACACGCGAUCAACUCACUACUCAUCACCUAUGUUAAGCAACACGAAGCACAAAUGAACUUCAAUUUCGAUCAUCAAUAUUCACCAACGGCUGAAAUAAUCCCAGAAACUUUAUCCUACACUGGCACAUCUGGACCACUUGAUUUGUCAAGAUACUUCAUUUACGCAGCUGCUGUUAUCGCUGUUACUUAUUUGAUACUGAUCAACAUUGUGGAGAGUAUUUAUCGGCGCGAAAAAUUGCGGUGUUUCUUUACCUUUAGAUGGGGACGAAAGAAGCGAUCAAAAGACAAUCAAUCCAAAACGGGUGAUAUUCAACUGAACUGCUGCUCGGCGAACAGUUCUUCAGAGGUCGAAGAAGAGAAAUCACUGACCAGAACAUUGGUUCGCGAACAUAAACUCAAAGAUUAUGCCGUGAUUGUGGCCAAUUUGUACAAGGCCUAUGACAGCUCGGACGUUGUACGAGGCAUUGAUUUUGCUGUUAAACAAGGUGAAUGUUUUGGCCUGCUUGGCAUUAAUGGAGCUGGUAAAACGACAACAUUUAAAAUGUUGACCCACGACACGACUGUAACUCACGGUCAAAUUUACAUCAACGGUAUGAGUUGCUUCGAUCAAUCGACUCUGUACAAAACAUUAUUUGGCUACUGUCCACAAGUGGAUGCAUUGAAUUCGUACAUGACAGCUUAUGAGAUCCUGAAGUACAUGGCUUGGAUUCGAGGUACGCCACGGCAUCGCAUCCAUCGCGAGGUGGAGAAAUGGCUGAAGAGAAUGGACUUGGCGCGAUAUAAGCAUGUUCAGAUUAAGUUCUAUUCCGGUGGAACUAAACGAAAAUUGAACACUGCCAUCGCUAUGAUCGCUGUGCCGCAGUUAAUUUUAUUGGAUGAGCCAACGACUGGCGUUGAUCCAGUCAGUAGGCGAUUUAUGUGGAAUUGUAUUCAGGACUGCCAGAAGAAUAAUAAAAACAUCGUGCUAACAUCGCAUAGUAUGGAUGAAUGUGAGUACCUGUGCAACCGUUUAGCGAUAAUGGUCGAUGGAACGAUUCGUUGCAUUGGUCCAAUUCAAAACUUGAAAAAUUCCUUUGGAUUGGGUUUCGUCAUUCAUAUCGUAUACAAUGAACGGGCAUCGAUCGACAAUAGUGAGAACAUCAUCAAAGUGAAAGAAUCGAUGGGUCAGAUGUUCAACCAGUGUAAAUUACAGGAAGAAUAUGCGGGUCGCUUGACAUUUAUCGUCAAAGAGGAUUCAUUACAUUGGUCAGAGGUGUUCAUCAAAAUUCAAAGGUUGCAAACCCAGUACGGGCAUUUCAUAACCGAUAUAACAGUGAAUGAGACAUCACUCGAGGACAUUUUCUUGCAGUUUGCAAACACUAGCACCAACGAUCCGGCAUCAAAUCAAAAUAACUGUGCUCUCGAAGCGCUCUCAAUCUAAGUACCAUCACAGACAAUGCAAUGUGGUUUCAAUGAUCCCAAAUUACUUAACCGCCUGUGUUCAAUACGUCAUUUUUGAUCUUAGCAUUGAAAGUAUUUGUACUGAGUAAGCACAGUUUUUAUUUUGUAUGCGACAGAGGUGUGCAAAAUGUCCCAAUAACCCGUUUUGUCGAUAUAUAUUUCUUUUCGUGUGAUCCAAAAAUGUUGUUUAGGAGAAAAAAAAAAACAAGAGAAAGUAGUGAAAAUUUUGAUGACAUAAUCUGAUUUGAUUGAGAGAAAAAAAAAUGCCGAACUGAAACGAACCUGAACCAUUCAAUAUCAUCAUUUGCAUAUAUUUUGUGCAUUAGACCGUAGUAAAGAAAAAACAUGGAUUCGAAAGAGAGUUUAUAUUUAGAUGCUGCCCAAGCGUGUGUAUUGUGAUUGUGAUUGGCAGCUAACUAAAAUGAUAGUUAAGUUAAUAUAGAGUAACACGAUAUCAAUGUAAUUAUGUUAAAACCACUUUAUUUUUUAGACAAACACAUUUACUAGUCUCAAA